GCCCCAGCCCCCUGCAGGCGCGGCCGAGCGGAGCCCUGGUCCCUGCGGUGGGCGCUCCCCAGAGUCGGCUCUGGGAAGCCCGCUCCGACGGGAAGACCGAGCGGGCUCCCGCCCCCGCCCCGCGGGAGGGGCUGUCGGAACAAGCAGGCGCCAAGCGCCCGCAGCUCUCGCCCAGGGUUGGCGGUGGACGACGCUAGCCCCGGGGAGGCGGGAGGCGACGGGACUGGCGGCCGCAGAGGUGCAGGCGCUCGGCGGGCGGGACCGCCGUUCCCCGCCUUCCCCAGGCCCCGCCCGCCCCGUCGGUAGCCGAGGGUGGCAACCGGCAGGUCCGCCCCCUGCGUCACCGCACGGCCCGCGCGCGAAGCCCACGCCCGGCGGAAGCGCGCGGCCGGGGAGAGGCCAGCGCUGAGCAGCGGCGACGUCCGGACUGCCGGGGACGGACAGGUAGCGCGUGGGGGACCCGCAGCUCGAUCUGGUGGCGAAGAGGCCUGUGGCCAGGACGGGGGUCAGGGAAGGGGCGCUGUCUGUCCGGUGCGCACAGCCGCCAGGGCCGCGGUCUGCAGGCCGGAAGGGGGGCGCUGCACGUGCUGGAAGCCGCUCCGCUGGAAAGGACUGGAGCUCCAGGCUGAAGGGGCCCUGCGGAUGCGGGGUAGGGGGCGUAGAGCCGGAGGAGGGGCGUGUUCUCUGGCUGGAGGGACCCUGCGGAUGCGGGGUGGGGGGUGCUGUAGAGACCCGGGCCGCACAGCUGCGGGAGGCGUCUGUGGUUCCUGAUCCCCCCACCCCACCGCAGGAUGGGCAGUAGCUCGCUGUCGGAGGACUACCGCCUGUGCCUGGAGCGCGAGCUGCGGCGGGGACGCGCGGGCGUGUGCGGGGACCCCUCGCUGCGCGCCGUGCUCUGGCAGAUCCUGGUGGAGGACUUCGACCUGCACGGGGCGCUGCAGGACGACGCGCUGGCGCUGCUCACCGACGGCCUGUGGGGCCGCGCCGACCUAGCACCCGCGCUGCGCGCCCUGGCCCGCGCCUUCGAGCUGCUGGAGCUGGCCGCUGUGCACCUGUACCUGCUGCCCUGGAGGAAGGAGUUCACCACCAUCAAGACCUUCUCAGGGGGCUACGUGCACGUGCUCAAGGGUGUACUCUCGGAGGACCUCCUCCUCAAGAGCUUCCAGAAGAUGGGCUACGUGCGCAGGGACAACCACCGCCUCAUGGUGACUGCCCUUCCCCCAGCCUGCCAGCUGGUCCAGGUGGCCUUGGGCUGCUUUGCCCUCCGGCUCGAGUGCGAGAUCCUGGGGGAGGUGCUGGCCCAGCUGGGCACCAGUGUGCUGCCGGCUGAGGAGCUGCUGCAGGCCCGGCGGGCCAGUGGGGACGUGGCCUCCUGUGUGGCCUGGCUGCAGCAGCGGCUGGCCCAGGACGAGGAACCACCGCCCCUGCCCCCCCGGGGCUCUCCUGCUGCUUACAGGCCCCCCCUGGACUUGUACCGGGACCUGCAGGAGGAUGAGGGCUCUGAGGAGGCCAGUCUGUACGAGGAGCCGUCCCCAGGCCCAGACUCGCCCCCCGUGGAGCUGGCCUACAGGCCCCCACUCUGGGAGCAGAGUGCCAAAUUAUGGGGCUCUGGGGGCCGGGCCUGGGAGGCCCCAGGUGAGGAGCUGUCUCGGGCCAGCAGCCCACCCUAUGGGGCCUCAGAGGAGGAGCUGGAGCCUGAGCCCUCAGCCUUCUCCUUUCUCUCUCUGCGCCGAGAGCUGAGUCAGCCUGGAGACCUGGCCGUUCCCGAAGCCCCCAGGAGUCCUGGGGGGGCCAGUCCCCGACGCAUGAGGCCAGAAGAGGCAUCGGCCUCAGCCUACGGGGCUGCCCCUGAUCCCCCAGGCUACCAGGCGCACGGCUGCCUGCUCCCGGGCGCACUGCCCACCCUCUGCUGCGACACUUGCCGCCAGCUGCACGCAGCCCACUGCUCGGCCCUGCCCGCCUGCCGCCCCAGCCACUCACUGCGCGUGUUGCUUGGGGAGACCCAGCGUCGCUUGUGGCUACAGCGCGCUCAGAUGGACACCCUGCUCUACGACAGCCCUGGGGCCCGACCCUAGGCCCCGAGGGGCCCCAGGUCGAGGGCUUUUGGGAGACAGUUCCCAUGGUGCUUCUCUUUGGGGAUAUGGCCCGAUGGCUGCCCUGCCCUGGGCAUGGAAGAAGUUAGAGUCCAGGCCCCACUUGGGAGGGGCUGGGGGGGGUUGCCCUUGUCUCAUACAAGGCACCUCCUGAGGGGGCCAUUCCCUGUCCUUGGUACCCAGGCCAUGCCCACCUGUGGAGGGUGGAGGGGCCCAGCCUACUUGUCCAUGUCACGUGCUCAAACCUCUCCCUGAAAAGGAACCCUGACCCCUCAGGCCCUCUGGCUGGCCUGUAGCUCCUGACCUGCUCCACGAAGUCUGUGGUCCAGGACAUGUCACUUCCUUGUCUCCAGGGUGUUACCCACACAGGGAGGCCCCUGAGAUCCUGCAGCUGGCACUAAGGCCAGGCGGGGCCUCUGCCUGGUGCACAGUGGACCUGGCUGUGGGUCCCCUGGCCCUUCUCCUAGGGUGUCACAGGCACAGCCGACAGGGCCAGCUUCCCAGACAGAAAAGGGUGACCGAGAGCUGCAGCUGUCCGGGAACAGGUGGUAGGAGGCACCAGCCUGGCCGUGAGCAUCACUCCCCUGCCAGGAGGACAGAGGUCCUCAGCAGCACCCCAGCCUUCCAGGUGGAAGGUGGGAGUGAGGGGCCUCGCAGGCUGCUGGGCUUGUGGUGGGUCCAGUGGGUAAAGGUGCAGCCAGUUCCCGUGUAGCUGCUCCUGAGGCAGCACCGUCCCCAGGCUGGGGAGGAGGGGUCUGGCCUGGCCCACCUUUGGGACUGAUGCUCUUGGCCUGGGCUAUUGGGAGGCUGUUCUGGGCUUGCCCCUCCCUGGCCACCAGGGUACUGGGCACCACCCUCAUCCCUCCAACCCAACCCACCCCCUUCCCAGCACACUCAGAGGAGACU